UCUAACAAUGGAUAUUAUUGCCAACAGAAAGACUUGAUUCACCUUGGUGCAAAAUAUUCUCCAUGUAUGCGUUUGGAUCCAAAGUUGAAUGAAUAUAUACAGAGGGAGCGAGCGUUGGAACGAUCUUCAGCGUGCUGUGUGAGGAACGACAACUCAGGGUGUAUACAAUCAACUGAAUGCCUUGACAAGUUUGCGAAGUUUGUGAAGUGGCCCGGCAACGACGCUCCAGACUUUAAAAAUGGAACCACGAUAACGGUCCGCACAUCAGGAUCGGUAUGCGGACAAGAUCCCCGAUAUUGUCGAUCGCAACAUGAGGUUGGAACGGCCGACCAAUGGCCCGAUGAUAUUACUAAGUGGCCGAUAUGCAGCGACCCGCUACCCAAGGAAGACUUCAAGAACAGCACGUAUGAGAAUGUUCGUUGUAACGUGGUUGGUCACCCUUGUUGUAUUGGACAAGAAGCAAGGUGCGAAAUAGUAACCAAGGAAUAUUGCAAAUAUAAACAUGGAGUUUAUCAUUCGGAGGCCACAUUAUGUUCGCAAGUCAAUUGUAUGCAAGACACGUGCGGGCUUAUACCUUUCAGAGUGGCGGACAAACCCGACCAAAUAUACCGGUUGUGGCUUCCUGUCAUGCUGCAUGCGGGAAUCCUCCACUGUCUGGUGUCUGUCGUCUUCCAAAUGACAGUGUUGCGCGACAUGGAGAAAUUGGCCGGGUGGCUGAGGAUCGGAAUCAUUUAUAUUUUCUCGGGCAUCACUGGAAACUUUGCGUCGGCCAUCUUUCUUCCGUAUCGCGCUGAGGUUGGACCAGCCGGUUCUCACUUUGGAAUCCUCGCUUGUUUAUUUGUGGAAGUUUUACAAAGUUGGCAAUUACUAAAGUCACCGCUCCGUGCGUUGUUUAAACUCGUUGCUAUAACGACGGUGUUGUUUGUCUUUGGCGCCCUCCCAUGGAUUGACAACUUUGCUCAUAUAUUCGGCUUUAUAUCAGGGCUGCUUUUAUCGUUCGUUCUCCUUCCGUACAUUACGUUCAAUCGAUUUGAUCGACAUCGAAAGCGAAUACAAGUUGUCACAUGUUCUGCUUUAUUCAUCGGGUUGCUUACAGCUUUGUUCUUCUUCUAUUACAUUCACCCGAUCACCGACUGCAGUGUCUGUCGAUACAUCAACUGCAUCCCCUUCAACGAGGACUUUUGUUCCAACCACGGGUUCAGACCUGAAGAUAGAACAUAGAGGUUACCGGGUUCAAGCCUCGGUGCUGCUAUUUUGGGCGUAUGUGCCUUGGACAAGAUACUGUUGUUGCACUACCAUGCAAAGAUAUUACACAAAACGACAGUCGUUAAAACACGCUUCUGGUUAAAACUCAUUUAUUCACGUAUAUAUUAUGAUCCAUAAUAAUUGCACCACAUCCAACUGCGGUAUCUGUUUCAUGCUCUUAUUCCCGGAAACAACGGCCAAACUCAUCCACCGCAUUUUGAUCCCUUUUGUUUUAGUCGUAAAACUUUCCUAAUUUAACUAAAUGACGUAUCUUAAACUUUCACAAAUAUCGUUUCUAAACCAUCAUAGACAUCUUAUACACACUAUAAACGUUUAUUACGUUAUAAUAAACGGUAUUCUACGUCACAAAACUUUUGUAAAUCCGUUCCGCAUCACUACACUCUCUGUGUCGUCAUUAUUUCUGCACUUUGUGACGUCACUAUACCGCUAUAUUACGUCGCAAUAAACUCAAAGCAAGGAA